AUGGCCGAGAUCCCUCACACCCCGCACACAGACUUCGCUCGCUUUGUAGUCGACACGAUCAAGGCUUCGAGUAGUCUCGCGCUCAAUGAGAACCAGGCGGUCAUUCGUUCUGCUCUCGCUCUUUCACCUACGUUUUUGCUCACGGACAACUGCACCAAUCCCGACUCAUCUGGAUCGGACACCUGGCUACUCGGGCUGAAUCACCUCGCCGACAUCCUAGUCGCGCUGCAUGCCCGGAAUGAAUUGGAAGUCGAUCUCGUCCAGCUUCAACUCUCUGCACACACGUCUAUGGAUACCCCGAACUCAUCCAAUCCUGCUCACCGCCCACAACGACCCACACGAUCUGUGCCCGCGCUUCCGGAUCUUCAGAACGUUGACUAUGAACAACCCACCCCACAAUCACCACAGACCCUGCUGAAUGAAGUUGGCACACCGAAUUCAACGGACCCGAGCGAAUCCAUUCCACUUGCAUCCUCUCCAGUACAAGAAUCACCCUCAACAACAGGGCUGACGCCUCUCCGCGCGCACUACCUCAAGAAAUCCCUCAUCCAGCUCGAGUUUGAACGAGAGCUAGACGAAAUCACCUCGCCCACACCCAGUCAUGUAUCCGCCCUAUCGUACCUCGGACCACCGUUCAGUCCACCUCCCAAGAACUCACCGAUGCUCGACCUCCCAUUUCUCCGAUACAUCUUCCGACAGUUCGUCUUGACUUUCCCGUUCAUGGCGUCUGCUCCAAAGGAUUUCUACUCCGACAAGCUGCAGCCAUUCACGAAUUCUGUGAUGGAGCGCAAUCUGUCGCCGACCUCUGUGUUUGAUCAAGGAGAAGAGGGAUCCGAGGCGGCUUUACGGUCAAGACUGCUUGCCAAGGCGCAACGAAAUCUGUCCUUGUUCUUUAGUGCGGCCACAAAACUUACGGAUAAGGAGGAGGUCGUGCGACUGACGCAAUCUGAUCUGGAAAGACUGGAGGCUGCGGCGAAGCGACGACAGGCGAGGAAUCUGGAGGCAGCCAAGGAUAUAUUUGAAGUGAAUAUCGUCAGUGUGCGGACAGUAGUGGAUAAAGGGCGCGUGCGAAGUCGAGUUCACGAGGAAUUCAUCAUACGCACGCGUCGUUCAAACCUUUCCGAUGUUUUCGUUUCAAGAAGAUAUGGAGACUUUAAAACGCUCGCCGAGGAGCUGCGCAAGGCUCAUCCUUCAGAGGAGAUUCGGUCUCCCCCGGUCAAAGACAGAACGACAGUCACUGCGCCUCCAUCUGCUACAUCUCCGCUGAGCCCAGCACCGUCGUUCGCCAGCCAACAGUCUUGGGACGAUUAUCCUUCUGGAUCUCAAGUGCAGCAGAACUCUAGACUAGCCCGGGAAAAAAACCGGCUGACUCUUCGGGCUUACCUACACAGCCUGCUAGCCUCUCCGGUCAUCGCAUCCUCGCCUGUCCUGCGUUCGUUUCUGCUCUCCGGUCCGACGGUGCUGAGCCGAGAAGAGAUCGAAGAUGGAUUCCGGAGAGAGGAGGCGGAUCGAGUCCGAGAUGAGGGCAGGAAACAGUUUGCAAAAGAGAUCGCGAAUAGGGUGGAUGGCCUCCGGGCAGCCGUCAAGAGUGUCAAGGGUGAUAUCAUGGGCAAAGAUGGUUUGACGCGCAUAUUCGCCUUGGUGAAGGUGACUCCGAACGUGCGGGAUCUGCCGGACAACUACAAGGCUGUUUUGGAAUGGGCCAGGAUGUCCCUUGCCUCAACUGUGUUCCACCAUUUUGUCGCGUCCGAUACCGCGUCGGAGAGCUUCGCCUCUUUGAAACGGAUCCAUGGGCUGAUGCCCUAUCUUCUGCUCAAGACAGCUCUGCGCAUCAGCAAUCCCAUAGCAAUGAUUCGAACACAAGCUGUGAUGGACUUGUUCUUAGCCCAACCAUUUGGUGGGAGAAGUCUGCUGCAGAGAAUGUUCACCGGUUCGUUGACGGAAGAAGUCCAUGCUCUGGAGGAAGAGAUCGAGGCAGUUAAGGAGAAGAUUGACGAUCCCAUGAUCUGCGAGAAGAUGCGCCAGUUUGUCUAUGCACCGAGGGAAAUCCAGGACCUGCUCAAGGCUGAUGCUGCGGCGGAGCAGAUGAGUGUGAUCACAGUUGUCCUCCGAGCAGCAGACGCACCGUUCCUUUCACGUGCACAAAUGAGCAGGGUCGCGCGUGCCCAUCGGGCUCAUGCUGCUUACAUGAAGCAGCGCGAGUCACUGAACGAUUCCGACGACGACGAUGGCCCCCAAGACGAGGACGGAUGGUUGUUCGAGGAUCUUAAAGUCCUUGCCGACCUGUACUCUAGAUUGCGAGAUCGAGAGCAGCUAAUCGAGUUGCUUUUCGAGGCAAGUAGGGGAGGCUUGUGUUGCAAGACGAUUUCUCACCAGUUGCAGGGAUCUACGUCCGAGCUCCUCAGGGACAUCAUCACGAUCUUUUAUGCCCCUUUGGCACAAGUCUAUCGAGCGGCUAGUAUCGCUGACUCGAUCGGCGACUUGCAAAGUUUCAUCAACGACCUGAUCAAGACGGUCGAGCGAACGGAGGAUCUCGCCCAAGAGGAUCCCAAGCGAACUGUGCAAGCCUUUAUCGCACUGAUUGAGCGACACGAGCAGUCGUUUUACCAUUUUGUGCACAAGGUCCAUUCGAAAGGCGAAGGGCUCUUCAGCAGUCUCAUGCGGUGGAUUGAGCUCUACCUCACUGUCGUUCGAGAAGGACUCGGAGAUCCACUUAGUCUCGAGUUCCUUCUGCCGCACACUGGGGAGGAACGUGAUCGCAUUAUGGACGAGGUGGACAAAGUGGCUGUAUACCAUUACAAGCUGAAGGUCCUCUACGAAGACAAAAUCCGACGGCGCUUUGGUAAGGCGCGUGCCAAUGCAAAUGACGCAGAUGCCGAGGACGAGAUGACGAAAGCUCUGGUGGACGGAGUGGCUCAGGAGAUCGAUUUUGGAGAGCUAAUUCACGGGGACGCCAUUGAUGUUGCCGCCCAGGACACGGACGAGGAAGAUGAGGACGACGAUGACGACAGCGAGUUUGAGUCUGCAUCGGACAGCGGUAGCGACGAGGAGGGAAACAGCGAGGAGGACACCGAUCGAAGUGCAGAGGCAGAGGAGACACCUAUGCAAACACCAAGACCGCCUCCCAAGACGUUGUUGACGGUCCCACGUCCGAUAUCGUUGAAAUCCUCGCGGUCCAUGUCUUCCGUGAAAGACGAAUUAAGAAACGGAACUGCCGUGCGCCGCAGCCACGAUUCUCCCCCCGUGCCACCACUGCCGAGGAGCCUCGUAGCAGCCAUGUCGAAGCCGCUUCCACCAAGUCCGUCUCCAAUGUCCCCGAAUCACAGAAUGGUCCCUUCCCCUCUUCCUACACGGAAAGCACCGCCGCCGCCCCAAAAAUCGAAGAAAAAACGGGGAGCUGCCAUUCAGCCUCCCGAUCUGGUCUAUCUGCCGAAAUUGUUACCCAUUUUCAGAGAGAUGAUGCGCCCUCAACUUGCCCCUCGACAGAGGACAAACUGAUGAAUAGUUUAACUAAUGCUGGAUAUUCAAGAUACUCUCACAUUAAUCACUGAUGCUGACACUGUCCAUUGUUAUCUGGCGACGCAUUUGAAGCUGUUGCCGUGUACAGCAUGGUCAUAAUAUCGAUGUGUCGCAAGUGACCAGAAGCGGUUCGACGCUCGUUAGUCUCGAUGAUAUCCUCAGCGUCUGCGGUUCUGGAAAAGACACUUGGACUGGAGGUUGGACCAAACAACUGCCAAGCAUCAGAUAGAAAGCGGUAGACCAGUUCAUAGAACAUUCACUUUGACUGUGCUGUCCAGGCCGCUGGCAGCAAACAGUGGCAGAUGGGGAUGUCCUUCGAUCACAUUGACGAUGCUGCUAUCCCCUUCCAAGAUUGAAUGCAACCCGCCGUCCUUCUUCCAAAUGAAGAUGUUCCCAUCGUCGGAACCAGAUGUGACAAACUGCUCCUGCGAGCCCAGAAAGUUGACUGCAGGAGAUGAGUGAGUUGGCUUUCAUAAAGGCUAUUACCUAGUUGCUUGCCGUCCUUGAUUGUGUCCACAUUCCGAGCGCCUCUGAAACAUUGUCGUGGCGGAACCACAGGCACGCCGGACAUGUAGGAAUCGUCUUGUCCCACACAGUCAUCUCGCGUCGAGUACAGGUAAACCGCAUCGCCACUGUAAGCUGCAAGGCAAGAUAAGAUGAGAUUCGGACGAUCACGAUGAGAUGAUCACUGACAGAGCAAUACUUCGUGUCCAUUUAGUAUAGACAUGCGGGACCCGGUGAUAUGGUCGUUGUGACGCUUGCGCGUUCCCUCCUGCCGGCCGAGCCGGCGGAUACAAUUGGUCACCCCCAUCCUCAGGGAUCGCGCACGCUCCGCCAUCGAAAGGCGGCUGAUCUGGCGCCGGUCGAAGAGAUAUCCCUGAAUCGACGCAUGAAUGGUUCUAAGAAGGACGAUACUAAAGCAGCCUACAUAGGGCGCCUCUCCCGCGGCGACAAACUGAUACGGAGUCAAUGGCGAAAGCGACAGCGUCGAGAGCUCGAAACCGAUAUCCAGCAGCGGUGGAGGACAUGCGUCCCCGCAUGAAUGCGCCGUCCGGAUAUCGUGUUGCCUAAUGCAGCCAUCCUGCGCGUAGAUGUGCUGGUGAAGUGUGGCUAAAUGGAGUUCGCAAACCACCCACCUCUGCGACAGUGAGGAACAGAGUCUGUGUACAGCUGUAUCGUCCAUCCGAGAUAGAAAUCGGGGCCGAGACGCUCAGAUCUCCCAUGUCGUGCAGCCGGACUUGAGCAUUAGUAUUUGUGCACACACACACAUCUUGGACGAGUGAGGGAGCAUUUUGGCGUUGAAUAUAUUUGCCCGGUGUCCUGUUUUCAAGACGCCACGGCAGAUAUACGGAUAGUCAUGUUCGAGGGAUGGGUCCAUGCUCCAGAUUUGCACUCUGAGCAGCCGUCAGUGCGCGAGAGGCCGCAAUAUCUCGGCGGAUAGCUCACGUUCGGUCAUCUCCCGCAGUCUUUCAAUGAAAAUACCCUCAUCCCAGCCAUCCGCAAUGUACCAGGUUGGACGCACCAGCAACAAUUCACCGUCUCGCGCCCAGCUCAGCGCAUUCACGCAUCCGGAGUGUCCAUAAGACCCGUCGUUUCCCAAAACGUUCACUCUGUCGAAAUCUUUCGUGUUCCAUUUCUUAGAUAGCAGAUGUCUAUGCCGCUCGGCCGCAGCGGCCUUGGAGGACAAUGUCGCCGUCAUUGUAGAGUAUAUGCGAUCACGUGCUGUUAUGUCGUCCGAAAUUAAAUCAUACUCAAGUUGUUCAAGUGUUCACAUCAGUCAGUAGAUAAACGAUAGGGUAAAGCAAGUAAAUCAGAAAUUGAUUCUGGGGCCUUGGACUGAGGGCGGAGCAGGUCUGGGCCCUCGAGGGGCUUCGGUAUAAGAGAGCGGUGGCGGCUUGGGAGUUGGGAGCACAGCAGGUCGAGGCUGCCCUCCGUUGAAGGUGGGCCACCGAGACGGUAUUGGAAUUGAGACACUGCGCCGAUGUCCGGAGUGGGUGGAAGAGGAAUCAGCCGCCAUGCUGUGAUGCGAAGUCAAUGAGCUCCGUUGCAAGCUGGAUGAUUCUCGCAUGACGGGCGGCAAGGACGUGCGAACGACCGAAUCUGCCGACGACGAAGCAGACAACGACGUCCGAGAUGAGACCUGUCGACUAGAGCCUUCCAUUAACCGCGAGAGCCUGAAAUGAGACCGCUGCGUCCGGGAAGCGGGUGAGAUGAGAUCUGAGAUAUCGUCACCGUCAUUAUCAACAUCCGGCAGGGUGAGAGUGGGUCGGGGCCGUUCGGCUUGUAGGUUCGCCUGUGCGUCGUCUCGGUCUAGUCGUUCUGCAAAGGCAAUCUGAGAUGGUACAAUCGCACGACUCUUGACGGGGAUGAUGGCAGGCGAAGCGGCAGGUACUCUUUGGCUGACCGACACAACGGCUUGAUCGAUGCUGUGUGCUCCCAUCGUCUCAAUCGUGCGCGUACUAUGCGCGCUACGAGGUGACUCCCACCCAUCAGCUUGGUAUGAUGUUGGGAACGCAUGUCGGAUCGUUGGAGUUGGAGCAGUCAUCUGAGAAGAAGCCCGACCAGGACGAGCCAUGUGGGGCGGCUCUCGGAAGGGUUGAACCGAAGGGUAGGUCUCAAAGGAUAACACAGACUCUCGUGGAACGGUCGGCCGGUGCCGUUGUUUGUG